AACCCACCGCCGAGCCUCCGCGCGAGCUCAGCCGCGAGACACCGCGGUAGUUUAGGCGCGAGCAUGCACGAGCUCCCGGGAUUAUAGAUUAGAUAGUUUAGAGCGGAGCGCGAGCAGAAGGCGUUUUAUUUUCUGCAAAAAAAUUAAAAACAGCGCGGUUUAUUUUAUUAGAGCGCGGUGAGAUUGCGCGCGCUCUGGCUCUGCACUGAGGCGCGCGCUGUGACUGGUGGAGAACCCAGCAGGAUGUCCCACAGCUCCUACAGCAGGAUAUGGGCGGAGGCUCAGGGAGCUCUAGCAGAUCUGCUAGAAGAUGAGAUUCCUCCAACUUCACUCCGUCCUCAGAAGGACCGAUUCCAGGCUUUCCACACUCUGGCCACCUUCUACCUGCGGUACCUCCACAUCUUCCGACGCCUGGAGGAAGUGUACGACCAGAUCGUCCACCCGCAGAAGAGGCAGGUGGUGAGACAGGUGCUGGAGGGGGUGAUGGGUCGGCUGGUGGAGCUGAAGAACGAGAUGGUGGAGCUGGAGUUCUCUGAGUUUCACUACUUGGAUGACCUGCUGCAGGACCUGAAGAUGACUCCUGAGGAUCUGGACGUGCCCAUCCCUCGGUACUUUAUCAGAGAGAGAAUGAAAGCACUGAAAGAGAGGGAGAGAAUGCUGGCUCAUAUUCUGGAGAAAAAGGGAUCUCUGAAUCAGGAGCCUGUGUCGUUGCAGGUGAUGUCGGUGGAGAGGGCUGUGCAGUUGCUGCAGGUGAGCGAGCGAGCUCGGCAGGGUCGUCUCAGAGCUCACUUCAUGAAGGAGAUCUGGAGAGAGGAGAGGAGAAUUCGUCAAGGGGAGGACGGUCCCACUGAAGCAGAUCUCAAUCUGGCGGCAACUCUUAUACAGAGGGUGUGGCGGGGUUACCGAGAGAGGAAGAGGACCAAAAAGGAGCGUCUAGAGGAAAUGAUAUUUCUUGGAAUGGUAGAACCCGAGGUUCUGGAGCUCAGCCCGGCUCAGCAGAGAGCUCAGCAGGUGGAGAAGAUCCGGCGGCAGGUCCAGGAUCAGCACGAGGCUGAAUAUCAGCAGGCUCUGCUCAGCAUUAAACAGUCGGUUCGCUCGGUGGAUGAAGCGGAUAUUAAAGAGACGCUGCAGGAUCAGAUACGCCAGUGGUUCCUGGAAUGUCGAGAUGCUACUGGAAAAUUCCCUGAUUUCCCGAGCGCUGAGGACGGCGGAUCUGCCUCCAUAUUUUCACAAAAAAGUCCUGAGGAGGUCGCAGCUGAGCUGGCUGCUAAACAACAGGAGAAAGAGAAGAAAAAAUCCAAGGGAAAGAAAGACAAGAACGCCUCGAAGGAGCGUAAAGAGAAGAAGAAAGACAAGAAGGGGAAAAGCAAAGGCAAAGGAGGGAAAUCAGAUAUAGAGAAGGAGGAGGAGAAGGGAUGGAAGAUGAGCCCCAGCAAUUUCCUGCCCACCGUAGCAGAAGGAGCUAAACUAUAUAGAGAGGUUUGGCAGACCCGAGAUGAAGGCCAGAACUUCCCUCAGCGGUUUGACCCUCAGCUGGUGCGAGAGGAGAAGAGGAUGGAGGUGGAGGAGGAGGUCAGAGUGCAGGUGGACGAGCUGAUGAGGCAGGAGCUGAAAAACCUCAAACUGACAGUGGACCGAGAGAAAGGAAAGAAGAAGAAAAAGACGAAGAAGGCCAAUAAAAAGAAAAAGAAGAAAGCAAAGAAGGGGGGAAAGAAGAAGAAGAAAAAGGAGAAGGAUCUGACAGCAGACAGGACCAUCGAAUCUCUGUAUGAGGAACUGGUUCUGGAAGGCAUCCUGACCCGGCCUCACAACGUCAAACUGUCCGAGUACCUCGGAGAGUACAGUUACUUGGGAACGAGCCUGAGGCAGGCGAACAUCGAGCCCAUGCCCUCUCUAUCAGACGUCAGACAGCUGAUUGCUCUGUAUGGGGUUUUGCCUCUGGGUUCUCAGAGUGUUCAUGAGAGAGGGCCGUUGAUCCGCUCGUUGCUAUUGGCCGGUCCUUCAGGCGUGGGGAAGAAGAUGUUGCUGCAUGCUCUGUGCACAGAGACCGGAGCCAACCUCUUUAACCUCUCCCCCGGAAACCUGGCAGGAAAAUACCCGGGCAAGAGCGGCCUCCAGUACCUCCUACAUAUGGUGCUCAAGGUGGCUCGGCAGCUGCAGCCGUCUGUUCUUUGGAUCGGAGACGCUGAGAAAACUUUCUACAAAAAAGUUCCAAAAGCAGAGAAAGAGUUGGAGCCCAAAAGGCUGAAGAAAGAUCUGGUGAAGGUGGUGAAAUCUAUUAAGGUGGAGGACCGAGUGCUGCUGGUGGGAACAUCUCGCCGACCUUUUGAUGCCGACCUCAAAUCCCUCUCUAAAGUUUACAAAAAGAUCAUCCUGAUCCCCAGACCAGACUACUCCUCACGACUGAUUUUAUGGAAAAAGCUGCUCGUGAUUGGAGGAGCUCAGCUGGGUCCGAUUCUGGAUCUGAGCUCUCUGGCGAAGGUCACUGACGGCUAUACUCAAGGUCACAUCCUGCAGGCGGUGCGCAGCGUCCUGAGCUCCCGCCGCCUCAACCAGCAGAGCAAGAGACCACUCACCGCCCUGGAGUUCAUCCCCCCUCUCGCCCGGCAAGACCCCGUCUACAAAGAGGAGGAGGAGACCUUAAAGGCCUGGUACAGCCGGACUCCACUGGGAAAGAAACGAACGCGAGCCGCCAAAGAGUUUGAGGACGCGGCUCAGCGUAAAGGAAAGAAGAAACCUGGAAAAGGGCAGAAGAAGGAGGGAGAGGGGAAAGGCAAAAAGAAGAAGAAAAAGAAGUGAAUGUUUCUCUGCUUUACCAGAGACUGGAGUGUUUUACAUUUAUAGGACUUUUGAAUAUAAGCAAAGCACAAACUAUAAGGAGAUUUGUGUUUGGUAGAUUAUUUCUUAUUGUUGCUUAUUGGUAAUAAAUCUUAAGCAUGUUAAUCCAGAUGUUUCAUACUGAAAAAAAUGCUUUUUACUAUUUUUUCUAGAUCUUCAAACUUUAAAACGGGUCAAUUUGACCCAGAAUAAAUCAGGAGUGUUAGGUCUCUCUCACUUUUAUUUAAAAGCUGCAGAACGAUUUUAGAAAUAUUUAUUUAAUGUGUGUAAUUCCUCUUUUAACCAGCAGAGAGCAGCAACAGACUUCUUAUUUUUUUCGCUCUUGUUUUACUAAAUGUCUUUAAAUUCUGUUAAAACUCAGUGAAAAAAAAUGAAUGCUGAUACCUGCCAGCAAACUGCAGUUCCCCAAGAAUGACUUUAUAUUUACAGUGUACCAGAACAUAAUCUGCAAUUCAGUUUUCAUGCAUCUUGGUUUCAUACAUGUUCUCCUCCACCAGUCUUACACACUGCUUUUGGAUAACUUUAUGCCCAUCGUCAUUUAGAGGUAUCUUAUUUUUUUCCCAGAGCCAUAUAUGUAUGUAUUUACAUAUACAAUAUAAUUAGCUAAAAUGACUAAACAUAAUAAAAUAGCUAUUUGUAGAUUUGUAGACCAAAA